CUGCGAUUUUUGAAUAGCAACGGUUCCUGCAUGAUGACCGUGAAAGGCCCCAAGUCAUCGCCAGAUGCCGCGAUACAUCAUCAGAGACCACGACAACAUCUUCCGGAUAUAACCCCAUCUUCGCUCAUGUCUACAUGCCCAACCCUCCGCUCUGAUCAUUCUUUCAGAGCGGUUGGUACCCUCG